AUGAAUCCUGACUCCUCCUGCAACUCUCGACUUGCUCGAGGCAAAGUCCCCCCAACUCUCCUUCCAAACCACAACAUUGACUUUUCCAAACCAUUCACCCCACGAAAUCGAUGUUUCGGGCUGCUCAGCUCAGACCACGAAAAGCCGCUGCCAACGCCUCCUCCUCGCCCACCUCAUCUACCGGCUCCACUGCAACCGUCUCUACUGUCAGCUCCACCAACUCCACCCAGCAUGUUUGAUCCGCGAUGGGAGCUCCAGUUCCCAUCAACCUUGAUUUACUAUAACCAUGACAACGGGAACCCGUGGAUGAAGGGCAUUGAACGGCACCAAACAGCUGCUGCUUAUUGGCAGCAGGCUUAUCACACUACGUGUGCCGACCUGUCUGAGGCUGUAUACCUGCUCCAAUGCCGCAUUUCCGACCUAGAAGAGCGCUUCGCAGACAAGAAGCAGGUAUGUGCGGCUCAGCCACAUGCACUAAAUUCUGAUGUAUUAACGAUAAAGACCAAGGAAGAAUGGCGGCCUAUUAGUCCUUCUACUCCGACCGCAAUCAAGUUGCCAAAUGAUGUCCAGGGCAAUUUCGUCUGA